UCACGCAUGCGUAUCAAAGCCUCUGCUGCUGCCAGCGCUAAGUGACUGCUGAAAAACAAAGGCAGUGAGUCGCGGCUGGGAAAUGUCAUCAGUCAACCUUAAUGGAGGAAAGCAGACGUGAAACAAUCAAUAGUGUGAUUCUUUGAGGGGUGAAAUAAGAGAAGUGGUUGUUUUUGUGCUGCUUUGUACGUGAACAGGACUCCAGAUCUCGCAACAGUAAGUGACUGAAUCGGCUUUUGAGAAUCCACAGGUUCCUUCCAGUCGCUUUUUUGAAUAUAUUUUUUUCUGUGUUUCUGGAAGGAUCUGAAGUGAAGAACAGCAGCAGUGAUCGUGGAAACUGUCACUCCCGUAGCUUUGUCACAUCUUGGACUUAUUUGUUUCUCCGAGCGAGGGAAUGAGGAGGAAGUUAGUAGUUUGCACAUAGAUGGAGAUUUGUUGGAAGACUUGAAUUUAUGGAUUAGAGCCUAAAAAUUGUAAACGCCAGUCCUGAAGGUCUUUUUUAAAGGUAUUUUUCUAGCUCGAAAUCUAGUCGUUUAGCAGACAUUUUGGUUUGGAUUUUCAGCCGUGGAAAGCAGAAGUUACCUGCGCUCUUGUCUGCCGAGGAGCGGCGCUGUCCGUGGUUCUGAAGUCAUCUCAGCAACUCUGCUUUCUCACCCCAGACCUGGUGUGACGACAACUUGAGAAAAAGCAAAAGUUACAGAGACUCCCCUCCACUCCACCAGCGGCUACAUACAGCGCUGAAUAUGAUAAGUCAGUACAGAGUUCAACUGCAAACUUUGAUACUUGUGAUUUUUGUUGUCCACCCAAGCAGGCCGGUAUGUGUCGAUGUUCCGUCGGAGACAGAAGCAGUCCUGGGAAAACCCAUGAGGCUGACCUGCAUCUCCUGUAUGAAGCGUGAGGAGGUCAAAGCCAAGACACGUGUGGACUGGUACUACAUGCCCAAAGAAGCAGAUAAAAACAUCACAUCCGAAAGAACACAUAUAUACAGAUACGAGGAUUCUAAUCCAGUAGACCUGGAAGGACCAUUUCAGGGCCGUCUGAAAUGGAACGGGAGCCAAGACUUGCAAGAUGUCUCCAUCCUAAUCCAAAACGUCAGCUAUAAUGACAGUGGUCUCUAUGAAUGCACAGUGCUUCGUGAGUUUGAGUUUGGCUUCUUCACUCCCUCCUUCUCCAAAACCAAGAACAUCAUGCUGAAUGUGAAAGAGAAAGCCACUGACGACACCACAGCAAUCUACUCUGAGAUCAUGAUGUAUGUGUUGCUGGUGUUCUUGACCUUCUGGCUGCUGGUAGAAAUGGUCUACUGCUACAGGAAGAUCUCCAAGUCUGAUGAGCAGGCGCAAGACACCGCGACAAACUACCUAGCCAUUCCCUCUGAGCAGAAAGACAAUCCAGCUGCUCCUGUUACCGAAUAAAAGUGGUUGUCAUUGACACGAUAUUAACCAAUCAUGAAGAGAUGUCAUGGGUCGGAGACGGGCACAGACUCCCCAUCCUUAUCUGUGCCACUAUGAAGGUGUCAUCACUCCCAGACAGCUGUGGAAAUCCUGCCAACUGACCUCCCCUGUGUUUCGACUGUGUCUUGUGAAGAGCCAGUCAAAAAGUCCAAGUGCUCAAUUUUUAUCCUAAUUUUCCUUUCAUUCUUUUUUUUUAACCUUCGUGCCAGGCAUCUGAUAUCAAGUGCUUUCACAAAUGCAGCAGGUUGAAGGACAAAAAUGUUAGUGUUGUGUACUUAUCAUCAGAUAAAUACCAGCCACGCUUCAUUUGAGCCUGCCAGUGUGUGAACUUCCUAAAUAUUUUCCUGUUAGUUAGUAGUGCCUCUGUGAUUUAUAUAACCUAUAUAAACCGAUAUGACCCAAACUGUCCUACCGUUGUUGGCUUUUAGGUACAACUUCUAUAUUGACUCAGUAGUACUUGUUUCGUUUGUUUUCUUUUCUUACAAUUUUAUAGACAAUGUUGAGAUUUUUCAUUAUUUGUAUUGGCCAAAAGUCUUUUUAAGGAAAUUGGAUUGCACAGCUUUUAUACUGUAUGGAUGUGCAUUUAUCUCUGUGUUUCUAUAUCCAUCAAUGAAGCAAUUACUGCCAACGCUGUACAAAUAUAUAGAUAAUAUUCUAUCAAGUCACACUGUUUGUAUUUAUCUAUAUUCAUCUAGAGGUCUUUGCUAUACUUCCCUCCAUAUAAAUCUUUAAUCUGUGUUCAGCACUAAUGUCAAAGUACAUCCAGUAGGUUAAAUCUUACUGCAUACAGUUACUCAGAUUUAUUCUUGAAGCUUUGACUGUUGCUGGUGUUCUACAGUAGCACUGCUAUUGAGACUAAAUGUGUGCCUCUUUCUAUAGUACAAGACUGUAGAAAUUAAUAUAUUGUGAUUCAGUCAUACCAUGCUGUCUAUUACAGAUAUGUGUGAGUGAGCUGCUUUUGAACAAUUAAAUGCAAUGCAUUCCA